AUGUCACAGCUGUACCAGCUCUCGGACCACACACGCGCUGCCAUCCGGCAGUUCCGGCUGGCGACCAGCCGGGCGGACGCUCUACAGACGCUGGUGCUGGCCAUCCGGCCGCGCCCAUCGUACGAGAUAGUCGUGGACAACGACGCCACGGAGGAGGCCGCGGGAGAGGUGUCGGGCCUGGAGGACCUGGCCGAGGUGCUGCCCGACAACACGCCGCGGUUUGUGCUGCUGGCGUACCCGCUAAGCAGCGACGGGCGGCAGCGCACUGCGCUGGUGCUGCUGCACUGGAAGCCCGCGACGGUGGUCUCGCAGGAGUGGAAGAUGCUCUACGCGGGAGCGACCGAGCUGGUGCGCUCUGAGUGCGCGCCCAACAAGUUCCUGGAGGUUUCCUCGGGGCUGGAGGAAGACGCUGACGUGGAGGACUUGCGCUCGCAGAUCGAGGCGUAG